AUGAUGAAGAAUACCAAGAGGCAAGUAUUUAAUGAACCAAAUACUAGCAAAGCUACUACUAAUAAGAAAGGAAGCAAGAGAAAAGCUGAUACUUCUUCAUCAUCAUCGGAAGAGGAUCAGGAGGUAUUGUUUGAAGAAAGUGAUCAGUUUCCCUAUGAAGAAGAAGUACCUUCCGAUGAAAAUGAAUUCAGUGAGAGUCGAACGUUAGAACUCCACUCUCCAGACGCAGUGCAUAGUUGCGUCUUGAGGGCAGCAGAUCCUGCAGAAGCCGCAGCCUGGUUCAACACCCUUCACUCAGCAUUAGCCGUCCUCACCACUGCCGCUCUCCACGAAGCUUCGAGAGCGAUACCGGAUCUCAGGCACAUUGGUUGGUUGUUGAGGAAACCUAGAUCAGAGUAUUCUGUCUUCGCAGCAGUAACUGACAGUGAGCUCCGUUUCUAUGAAAGCGCCCCAUGGUCUGGAGAAGCGUGGAGAACGCCUGCCGAAGCCUAUCCCCUUAUUGCAACUAGGUUGGUGGGAUCUGGAAAAAAGGCGGAAUUACCGGAAUUCAGUAUUAGAUGUGCGACGGUGGAGGGUGUCAUAACUCAUUGUCUCAGAGCUGAAACUCAUAGGGACUUGGCAGCUUGGGCGAAAGCCCUAGUGAAUGGAAGCCAUGCAAGUGCUGUAACGCAAAGGGAACUAGUUUGCAGAUGUCUUUGGAAAGGACGCCCUGCCCAGUUGGUUAUCCACUACGAAAAUGGAUUCACAUUACUAGAGGCGGGAACAGGUUCUAGAACACUAUGGAGGUAUGCUUUCGACAGACUGAGAAAUUCUUCAGACGAUGGAAAGAAGUACCUUUGGCUGGACUUUGGUUCCGGAGAGGAAACUGAAGUAGAACUAGACAUGGAAGGAUGUCCAAAACCAAUAGUCUUCAUACUACACAACUUCUUAUCUGCCAAAAUCCAUCGAUUAGGACUGUCGGCCUAAGUAUUUUCUGUGAAUUUUCAUUAAACAACCAGUUGCAUUCGAAAGCUGGUUUGUCAAUUAGUAGUCGUUAAAUUUAUACCGGAAGAUCCAUUGUUUCUUUUGAAUACAUUUAGAAAUACUUUCAAGUAAGGGCUUUGGUUGAAUCAAUUACCGAUUUUUUUGUCGGGUAAUUUAAUUUGUGAAACUGUUACAUGUUCGUAUGUCAGUGUG